AUGAUCUGCUUGGUUACUCCAUUUGCUGUUCAUUGUGCUGGUUGCUUCUAUUAUCUACUUGCUGCUCAUUAUCAUGAUCCUAAAAAGACAUGGAUUGGAGCAGUUAUGGAUGACUUCCUUCAUCAGAGCAUAUGGGAUCGAUAUGUUACUGCAAUUUAUUGGUCCAUAACUACUCUCACUACCAUGGGUUAUGGGGAUUUGCAUGCUGAAAAUAUGAGGGAGAUGAUAUUUAACAUUUUCUACAUGCUCUUCAAUUUUGGACUUAUAGCAUAUUUGAAGGAUACUCUAGAUUCACUUCCAAAAGCUAUACGCUCAAGUAUAUCACAUUUUCUUUUCUACUCUCUGGUAGACGAGGUCUCAGAGAUGAAAGCCGAGUAUUUCCCUCCCAAAGAGGAUGUAACCUUGCAGAAUGAAGCACCAACUUUUAUAUUUUGUUACAGGGGCAGUGCUAAUGUAAAUAAUUUGAAAUUGCUCAAGGAAAUUGUUUCUCAUGAAGGGGAUGUUAUAAAACCAAAGAGUAGUGGAUCAAUAGCUCUCCUUGUUGCGGUCUGUGAAGGCAACAUUAAGAUCGUCAAAUUUCUAUUAAACCAAGGUGCCAGCGUCGGCAAACCAGAUGAACAUGGUUGGACUCCAAAGAAUCCAGCUGAGCAGCAAGGACAUGAUGAUAUAAAAGAACUUUUCGAAUAG